GGGCGGGUCGCUCGAGGCCUCCGCUUUGUGGUGGGAGUCUGGACUAUGCUGUUGGUCAACCCCUCAUCGUGAAAGAGCUGUCCCAGCAUGGAGUUCCCCAACCACAGCAAGAACUUGCUGCAGAGCCUCUGGGAGCAGCAACACGAGGGCUUCCUUUGUGACUGCACGGUCCUCGUGGGCAGCACCCAGUUCUUGGCCCAUCGAGCAGUGCUGGCCUCCUGCAGUGCCUUUUUCCACAUGUUCUAUAAGGAGCGGCUGGACAAGAGAGACUUGGUCUCCAUUAACAAUGAGAUCGUCACGGCGCCCGCCUUCGGGCUGCUGCUGGAAUUCAUGUACAAAGGCAGCCUCUCUUUCAACGACAUGCCGGUGGAAGACAUCCUGGCGGCCGCCAGCUACUUGCACAUGAACGACAUCGUCAAGGUGUGCAAGAAGAAGCUGCAGGCCCGUGCCUUGGCAGAAGCUGACAGCACCAAGAAGGAGGAGGAUCCCCUGGGCAGCUCGGAGCUUCUGCCUAGCACCUCCAAGUGCCAACUUCAAACAUCGUCCGGAGCCCAGCCACUGCCGCCCCUUCAGCCAAGCGACGCAGGGAAGAGCAAGAAACAGGAGUGGAAAGGUGGAGAGAAAAUGGUUUCCGAGGAGCCAUUGGCCUCCACUUUGGACAUGGCGGACACCACACAGCCAGGGAUGGAAGCUCCUCUUCCUCCUGUGAGGCCUCUUCCACCCCCCGUCAUUGACAUCUCCCUCUCCAGCCCUAGCAGCUCCACCGAAACCAUUUCACACAGCUGCUCGCCACUGAGGAACGUAGCUGAGCGUCAUGCUGGCCCUCCGGAGAGGUAUGUGGAACAACAGGCAGGUGGUCUUGGUGUGUUUUGCCAGAAGGAGCCAAGCAGGUCCUCCGUCAAGGUCAAGGUGGAAGCCAUCGUGAUCUCCGACGAGGAGCCGGACAUGAUGGAUCAACUAGAGGGGCAGAACGCAGAUUUGAGGCUGGAGACGAUAUUCCAGAGGUCCGCUGUAGAGGCAGGGUCUGCCGGAGGCUGCGGGCGCCACGCCGACAGCUUUGAAGAGCCAGGUGGGAUGGAAGAGGUGUCUUCCGAGAGUGGCUUCCUGCCUCAAGAGCACGUCCCCUACCACAUGAUCCCUGUGCCUGCCGGACAAAGCUUCUCCAACAUGGUGACUCCGACCUUGCACGAACAGAUGUACUUGCAGGACUACGAGUCCCACUCCAACUUUGGCAUCUUCACGGAGGACGUCCCUACCUGCAAGACGUGCGGGAAGACCUUCUCGUGCUCCUACACCCUGCGGCGCCACGCCACCGUCCACACGCGGGAACGCCCCUACGAGUGCCGCUACUGCAUGCGGAGUUACACGCAGUCCGGAGACCUUUACCGGCACAUCCGCAAGGCCCACAAUGAGGACCUGGCAGCCAAGCGUUGCAAACAGGAUGUUGAGAACCCUUCGUAGGGGGCCUGUACACCCCGCCCCCCCAGUUUGGGCCAUAGGGCAAGUGGUUCACAACUGAGCAGACGGACAGUUCUCAACAUACGAGGAGGAAAAAAAACCCCUCCCAUUUGUAAAACUUUGUACAGAAGCUAGGAGGCAGAGGGAGAGAGAGCCCUAACUAUCCAUGCCAGUGAUGGGGGCUCAUCCUAUCAGGUUCAACCUUCCCUCCUGGCUUCCUAAACAUUUCCCCAUCUUGCCCUUGAUAAUUUCUUGUUUGUUUGUUUUUCCACGAGGUUAAUUGUUGGGAAAUGCAGCUUUGCACCCCUGUGCAUCAUUUGGAAGAAGCCACACCAAAUGUAAAAAGAACUGGGGAAGGGGUUUGUCCUCCCACUCCAGUAUUUAUUUAUGUAUAUGGCUGCAGGUUUAAUAUGAAGCUGGAGCAGUAUUUAAGCUUGAGCUCCCCUGGAGAUCAGUAUUGCUGCCUAGAGGGCAUUCUGUUUUGUGGAAGGAAAGGUCUGAAAGCCUUUUGUUCCUGACAGUUGUUGCAAAUCAGAAUUUCACUUGAGAUGACAGCCGGGGGGGGGGGGGGGGAGAGGGCUCUAGCCCUCCUGGAUGCACAGAAAAAGAUUGCAUAGGGGGAGAAGCGCCUGUGAGGAAGACUAUGUUGAAAGGCAUGGUUCUGACUCUAUCCCAUCAUGCAGUGCAGGUGGGACUCAUUGGGAGAAGCAGGCCGAUUAUUCUUUUUCAAAACAGCCCCCCUGCCCCACCCUUUGUGACAUGUUCAGUGUCAUGACCAGGGGUCAGCAAACUUUUUCAGCAGGGGGCCGGUCUACUGUCCCUCAGACCUUGUGGGGGGGCCAGACCAUAUUUUGAAGAAAAAAAAUGAACGAAUUCCUAUGCCCCACAAAUAACCCAGAGAUGCAUUUAAAAUAAAAGGACACAUUCUACUCAUGUAAAAACAUGUUGAUUCCUGAUCCGUCCGUGGGCCAGAUUUAGAAGGCAGUUGGGCCACAUCCGGCCCCCGGGCCUUAGUUUGGGGACCCCUGGUCAUGACAGUCUAAAACAGUGGAGACUAAUGCGAGGGAAAGGGGGCCACUGCCCCGCCAACCUCAUGCCUGUCUUUAGCCAGCCUCCAUAGCUCUGCCUUCUGCUUACCAUCAGACCAGGUAAGACCAGGGUGGCUCUGCCUGUCAUCGGCUCUGGCGCCACCUACUGUUGGUCUCCCUGCCUUCCAUCCUACUAGUCAGCCUACAAGGCAGCCCUGUAUCGGGAAGUUUACAAUGUUUGACAUUUUUCUGUGCGUUUAUUUUUCUGGAAGCUGCCCAGAGCGGCUGCCAAGUCACUUCCGGCCCUCUUUCCCCUUUUCAACCCUGCUCACUUCAGAGCACCCACUGCCAGCCUCAACCUUCCUCCCAGGACUUGCCAACCCGCCCACUGUGAAAUGUGUUUCUCCAACCUGUUUGUUCUUAUAAGCAGCUACAAAAGCAGCCUCACUGCCAAGGAUACCUAUUUAACAGUAAAAAAAAACCCAGGCAUCAAGUGCUCCAGUACUCUCUCUUCUGUGAUUGGGGUGUGUGUGUGUCUGUCUGUCUGUUUCUCUCCUCUAAGGCUAGGGGUUCCCAAAUUGUGGUCCGUGGCAUAGCUACAUUAAAUACUAACAUUCAUUUUAAAUAGUAUUUUUAUUACUUCUUUAACUUCUUACAUUGCAUUUUACUGAAGUGCAGUUUGACGUCUACAGAAUGCAAACUGUAAUACAAUGUAAGAAAUAAAAGACGCAAUAACCGUACAAUUAAAAAUCACACGGUAUCUAGAUUGACACAUUACCAGUGCUACAAUAGGCAGAAAAAUCAUGCAAGGAGUCCACCAAGACUAACCAGCAAUUUCUAAAAUUCCUUCCGUAGCACCUUAAAGACCAACUAAGUUUUUAUUUUGGUAUGA